GCGGGGCGGGGGCCUUUAAGAGGCGCGGCCGCCGGCCCCGACCCAGACGCGGGCAGCGCCUGGACUCGCCGUCGCCGCCGGACACCGGCCGCCCCGCAGCGCUCCGGCCCCUCCUCUCGCGACCGCCCUGUGCAGCGAUGGACGGAGACGGUGACCCAGAGAGCGUGGCCCAGCCCGAGGAGGCCACCCCGGAGGAGGAGGCGGCGUGCACGGAGGAGCCGAGCGCCGGGGAGGAGCAGGCCGAUGACGGGGAGGAGGCCGCGGAGGCGCCGGCCGAGGCCGCGUACCUGGAGGAGCUCCCGGAGCAGCUGCUGCUGCGCGUGCUGGCCGAGCUGCCCGGCGCCGAGCUGGUGCAGGCCUGCCGCCUGGUGUGCCUGCGCUGGAAGGAGCUGGUGGACGGCGCCCCGCUCUGGCUGCUCAAGUGCCAGCAGGAGGGGCUGGUGGCCGCGGGCGCCGAGGACCAGCGCGACCACUGGCAGCAGUUCUACUUCCUGAGCAAGAGGCGGCGCAACCUGCUGCGCAACCCCUGCGGGGACGAGGAGCUGGAGGGCUGGAGCGACGUGGAGCACGGCGGGGACGGCUGGCGCGUGGAGGAGCUGCCCGGGGACUGCGGCGCCGACUUCUGCCACGACGACAGCGUCAGGAAGUUCUUCGCCACCUCCUUCGAGUGGUGUCGCAAGGCGCAGGUCGUGGACCUGCAGGCGGAGGGCUACUGGGAGGAGCUGCUGGACACCACUCAGCCGGCCAUCGUGGUGAAGGACUGGUACUCGGGCCGCAGUGACGCGGGCUGCCUGUACGAGCUCUCGGUGAAGCUGCUGUCGGAACACGAGGACGUGCUGGCCGAGUUCCACAGUGGGCAGGUGGCCGUGCCGCAGGACAGCGAGGACGGCUGGACCGAGAUCUCCCACACCUUCACCGACUACGGGCCCGGCGUCCGCUUCGUUCGCUUCGAGCAUGCGGGCCAGGACUCCGUCUACUGGAAGGGCUGGUUCGGGGCCCGGGUGACCAACAGCAGCGUGUGGGUGGAGCCCUGAGUGACCCCCCCCACCCGGCCCCGGCCCCUCCCCCAUGCUGCCCUGGACCGCCUUAGUGGUAGCGCCACCCCCAACCCACCCUACUGCUCCCCGCCCCAACCCCCCGCCCAGGAGAAGGAGAGAGGGCAUCGGCGUUGGCAUCUAGGACAUAAGAUGGAUUGAGGGCCUGGGCCCACCCGGAGUGUCCCUCCCCCAUCCCUCCGCCCCCCCUUCCUCUGCCAGCUCAGUGCCUGCCCCCCAAAAUUGGGCGCUCAAUAAAUCGUUUCUGUCCAAGGGAGCAAUGAA